AUGUCAGUCUUUGAGAGCUGUUCCCGAAAAAACAAAUCCCUCUUUGAUUUCAACCACCACCUUCGGGAUGCUUCUGAGAACACACCAGCUUUGCAGGAUACCUUGAGGGCACAAGAAGGUCCAUUGAAUAUUGCUUCCCAGCUCAAUAACCGUCAUCCAUUGGAGUCAAGAAUUCAGAAUUGGGAAAAAACUCAACAUGAAACUAGAAUGGAGACUUACAGACGUGUGUUUGGUGCUGGUGAACCAAUCCGUAGAACCAUGGAGAUGGACCUUGUCGAGGCCACCGACUUUAAACCACAGGUGCUUGGUGGCGCCGACACUUUGCAUAAAGAUAUCUUGAUGAACAGAGAGAGUACAGUUGAUUGGGAAGACAUCUACAAGGGUGGUUUUGAGGCUGGCAGAAACGUUCCAGACUUCCACAGUGAGAUGGAGAAGAGACUUGGAAUCUAA